AUGACUUCGCUGAAGACCACCAGAACUGACUUUGAGUCAGUGUGGCCGUCAUUAGUCAAGGACUUACAAGAGGCGGCCACCAAGUACAAUGUGCCUGCGAAUGCGCUCGAUUGGUUCACCAAGUCUCUUGAAGCCAACACUCCCGGUGGGAAACUGAACAGAGGUCUUUCUGUACCCGAUACAGCUCUCCAGAUCCUCAAACGACCUCUCUCUCCAGAUGAAGUUCGUGAUCUCUCCACGCUGGGAUGGCUGAUCGAGCUUCUGCAAGCCUUUUUCCUUGUCUCGGACGAUAUCAUGGACUCUAGUGUCACUCGUAGAGGUCAGCCAUGUUGGUAUAGACAACCGAAAGUCGGCAUGAUCGCCAUCAACGAUGCUUUCAUGCUCGAAUCAGCCAUCUACCUUAUCCUCAAGAAGCACUUUCGCCGGCAUCCGGCGUACAUUGAUUUUGUCGAACUGUUUCACGAAGUGACAUGGCAGACUGAGCUCGGACAGUUAUGCGACCUCAUUACCGCUCCCGAAGACGAUGUCAAUCUAGACAACUUCAGCAUGGACAAAUACACUUUCAUUGUCAUAUACAAAACCGCAUACUAUUCCUUCUACCUACCUGUGGCUUUAGCCUUGAUGUAUAUGCAGCUUGCCACACCUCGCAAUUUGCAACAAGCUGAGAGCAUCCUCAUCCCUAUGGGCGAGUACUUUCAGAUCCAGGACGAUUACCUCGAUGCAUACGGCGAUCCUGCUCAUAUAGGCAAAAUCGGGACCGACAUUAAGGACAACAAGUGCGGUUGGCUCGUCAAUCAAGCUCUGCUGAUAGCCAGCCCAGAACAGCGGAAACUGCUGGAUGAAAAUUACGGACAGAAGGACGAUGCUAGAGAGGCGAAGGUAAAGCAGCUGUAUAAAGAGCUCGAGCUCGAGUCUAGAUAUCAGGCAUACGAGGAGAAGAGAGUAUCAGAGAUCCGCCAACUGAUCGCAAACGUUGAUGAGUCCGAAGGACUGAGGAAAGAGAUUUUUGAAAGCUUCCUGGGCAAAAUCUACAAACGAAGCAAAUAG